CACAAAAUCUACUGGGUCACAGGAUUUGGUGUAACACAGACCGGAAAUGACCGUUGUGUUCUUUCUUAACGCGAGAUCACAGUGCGGGAUUUGUAUUCAUUACUUCGAGGUUAUAAGAUGGCCACUGCGGAGGUGCGGCUUAAUCAUACAAUCUACAUCAACAACUUGAAUGAGAAAAUCAAGAAAGAUGAGUUGAAGAAGUCGCUGUACGCCAUCUUCUCACAGUUCGGACAGAUUUUGGACAUUUUGGUCGCACGAACCAUGAAGAUGAAGGGUCAGGCCUUUGUCAUCUUUAAGGAGGUUAAUAGCGCCUCCAAUGCUCUCAGAUCCAUGCAGGGAUUCCCUUUCUAUGACAAACCAAUGCGUAUCCAAUAUGCCAAGCAGGACUCGGACAUCAUAGCUAAAAUGAAGGGGACUUAUGUGGAGCGUGACCGUAAAAAAGAGAAGAAGAAGCCCAAAGGAACUGAUGCAGCCGGAGCCAAGAAAGGAGUGCCAGGAGCUGCUCCCAUGGUGGCCGGAGUGCCUGCAGCCAUGCCUGGAAUGCCUCCCAUGAGCCAGGCCCCACGCAUGAUGCACAUGCCAGGCCAGCCGCCCUACAUGCCCCCUCCAGGCAUGAUGCCUCCUCCUGGGAUGGCACCUGGUCAGAUGCCUCCUGGUGCCAUGCCUCCUGGUCAGAUGAUGCCCGGACAGAUGCCUGGACAAAUGCCCCAGCAGGUCGCAGAAAAUCCUCCCAAUCACAUCCUCUUCCUCACCAACCUGCCCGAGGAGACCAACGAGCUCAUGCUGUCCAUGCUCUUCAACCAGUUCCCGGGGUUCAAGGAGGUGCGUUUGGUCCCUGGUCGCCACGACAUCGCCUUUGUGGAGUUUGAGAAUGAAGUGCAGGCAGGCGCCGCACGAGAUGCACUACAAGGCUUUAAGAUCACACAAACUAAUGCUAUGAAGAUCUCAUUCGCCAAGAAGUAACACCUCUCCCACGACCAGUCGUCUUCUCACACGCACACACACACACACAAACACACAGGUGGUCUUUUUUUAAAUGUACAGCAGUGACCCAAACUGAGGAAAACGUUUUAGAAAUGAACAGUUGAACAGUACAGCAUCAGUGUUCUUUUUUUCCCUUCUUCCAGGAUUACAUGUAAGUAUACUUUGAAUUUACAUGUAAGUAUACGUUCUUUGCAUCAAGUUGCUGUUUUAUCGUGCUGCACUGACAGAACUGUACAUAAAUUAAGAGCUGAAUAUUGAAGUUAGGAAAUCUGCAUCAUACGGGUAUAAAUUUCACAAAAGUACCAGUUUCUUCUUCUGGGUUCACACUCAAAUCCACAAGCAACUUGAUGUGUUGUUUUUUUUUUAUAUAUAUAUAUUUCUGUUUUACUGUUUUUACUAAAGCAUUGCACCCAGAGUCUGGUCCACCAGACAUUGUACCUGGAGCUUUUUUUCUUUUUAUAAUUAAAACUCUUAUUUGAUACAUUG